UCCUCUGUAGGACACGAAGCUGGCUGUUGUGAGCUCUUGGGCCCCUUCGAAUUCCCCGACCCUCUUCGCGAUGCCCCUGGCUUCCUCUCUAGGGCUAGAUCCAUAAACCUCUCCAGUCCUCCGGGAAGGUGACCAGAAGCAGCCGCCGCGGGGAAGAGACGAGCAGCCGCUGCAGCCACUAGGCCCCGCCCAGCAGCAGCGGGCGGUUUCAGCAGCGGAGCAGGGCCGCGCCUGGAGCCGCUGCAGAGCGGGGGCUUCUGAUCUGCCUUUUCCAGGUGUGCCACGCCCUCCGCCUUCGCAGACGGAACUUUCUCCUUCCGGUGCUCUGUUAAGGCCGCAGCUAUGCCGGUAACAGUCACCCGUACAACCAUCACGACGACAACGUCAUCCUCCACCACCGUGGGGUCCGUUCGGGCGCUGACCCAGCCCCUGGGCCUCCUCCGCCUCCUGCAGCUAACAUCCACCUGCGUGGCCUUCUCACUGGUGGCCAGCGUGGGCGCCUGGACAGGGCCCAUGGGUAACUGGGCCAUGUUCACCUGGUGUUUCUGCUUUGCCGUCACCCUCAUCAUCCUGAUUGUGGAGUUAGGCGGGCUCCAGGCCCACUUCCCCCUGUCGUGGCGAAACUUCCCCAUCACCUUCGCCUGCUACGCGGCGCUCUUCUGCCUUUCGUCCUCCAUCAUCUAUCCCACCACCUACGUGCAGUUCCUACCUCACGGACGUACCCGGGACCACGCCAUCGCUGCCACCACCUUCUCCUGCGUCGCCUGUUUGGCGUAUGCCACCGAAGUGGCCUGGACCCGUGCGAGGCCUGGUGAGAUCACUGGCUACAUGGCUACCGUGCCAGGGCUGCUCAAAGUAUUUGAGACCUUUGUAGCCUGCAUCAUCUUUGCCUUCAUCAGCGAACCGUACCUGUACCAACACAAGCCGGCCCUUGAGUGGUGCGUGGCGGUCUAUGCUAUCUGCUUCAUCCUCGCAGGGGUGACCAUCCUGCUCAACCUGGGGGAGUGUACCAACAUGUUGCCCAUCCCCUUCCCCACCUUCCUCUCAGGCCUGGCCUUACUGUCUGUCCUCUUUUACGCCACCGCCAUUGUCCUCUGGCCCCUCUACCAAUUCGAUCAGAGGUAUCAGGGCGAACCCCGCCGGUCAAUGGAUUCAAGCUGCUCUAGUAGUUACAUACAGCCCAACUCGGUGUGUAACUGGGACCGACGGCUGGCGGUGUCCAUCCUGACGGGCAUCAACCUGCUGGCAUAUGUGUCUGAUCUAGUGUACUCCACUCGACUGGUGUUCGUCAAGGUCUGAGAUUGACAAGGGGCUCCCUCCCCCACCUCUCUCUGCUCCCCUUCUCUCCUUGCAGCCUCUUCAACCUGAUUACCCAGGUGAUUGGUACCUGUUUCCUCCUCGCCUCCCUCCCAUUUCCUCUCUCCUGUUGGAUACGUGUAUUCGUCCUUAUUCCCUGCCUUCUUUUCCGUCCCUUUCUUACCUUUCCUCUUCCGGGAUGCCCGUUAUACCCUUGAGCUGUGGCUCCACGGCCUCCCUCUCUCAUUUUCUAUCUCUAUAGUCUUACCUGUGGGUUUUAUCACCUGCCUAUUUUCUUGGGAGCCCUCAGAAUUCUCGCUUUCUCUCCCUCACCCCUCAAAGGUGCUGGCCCCACGCAUCCCAUACUCCUUUGCGGUUACCUACACGUCUUUGCGGUUACCCACACUCCUUUGCGGUUACCCACACUUCUUUGCAGUUCUUCACCCCAUGGGCCUCUCUAGGGGCCUCAUUGCCAAAGCAUGCCUGCCUGCCUGCCUGCUUGCCUGCCUUAGCUGUGCCUUAGUCCGUAUGGAUGCAUGUGUGUGUGUGGGUGUGUGUGUUAAGGGGAUUGGAAACAGGCCAUAGAGUGUGCCUCUCCUUUAAGUUCAAAGCGAAACAAACAAAAUCUUGGAGGUCAGCACUUGCCGGUGGCCAGGAGUCAUCAUUGUGCACGGAGUCUCUGCCGCUACGUCACUCAGCUUUGCGUCACAUUGACUCGAGAUUUUUUUUUUUU